AUGGAUUUCGCCCGCAUUGCUGCCGUCUUCCUCAGGAGCAGUAAGGAUGACAGCAGACGCAAUGGGAAGGGACAAGAUGCAGACGAUAAGAGUCUCGUCCUCCUCUCCAGCGUCAACGCUUUCCGGGAAAGUCCUGGUCUGUUCUUGUAUCAGACGAGUAAACACGCUAUUCAAGGUCUGCUUAGAUCGUCGAGGAAACCGUUGUGGGAACGAGAUGGCAUCCGGGUUAAUGCCGUUAAUCCUGGGGUCACUGAUACGCCGAUGGCCCACCAUAUAGCAGUGAAGUUCCAGGCCGCGGGUCUGUACUCGCAGUCUGCUGAGAGCGUGGCGAAGGUUAUCGUGGGCCUCAUUGUGGACGUGACGAUGGUGGGUAAGUCAAUAUAUAUUGAAGGUGGUGAUGGGUGGGAGUUUGAGGACAGUUUCAUUCAGCAGCAACCUGCAUGGCUUGGGGAGGAGCCUACUAGGAGGAUGAGGGUCAAUACUGAGGCUGUACAGAGAGGUGCUUUGUUGGAGAAGUGA